AUGGCACUAAAGAUACAGCCACUGCACCCCGAGGCAAAGACCCCUGUUCUAGGGAGCAGUGGGGCCGCAGGAUUUGACGUUUUCUGUGCCGGAGCACCUAUCCUCAGACCAGGACCGGAUGUUGUGAAGCGUUUUGAGGAUGUGCCAGAAUGUUUGAAAUACUUCUAUCAAGGGAAGGUGCCAGAGUUGGGGGCUUCUACACCCGAUUUUGACCAUAUCUGUCAGCGCUUCAGCAACACGUUCCACUUCGCCACCCUGUAUGACACAAACCAUCGCAUCGCCGUCUACUCUGCCUAUCAAUUCCAGCACAGUGACGGAGGCGGCAGGGAGAAUAGGUGGUUUGUAGAGCCUCAGCUGGUGAACAAGUCCUGGAAAGCAGAGAUGGAGGAAGGGGGCUUGCUGGAGAAGGACUACCCUGGGGUCUACCAAGGAGCGAAACAGGCUCUGAAUGAGGAUUACACUGGCUCCGGCUUCGACCGAGGUCACCUCAACCCCAAUGGACACCACGCAGUCCCUAGCCGCAAUGCCACCUUCACCCUGACCAACGUGGUCCCUCAGAACCGCAAGCUGAACCAGAACGCCUGGAGCACCUACGAGUCCGAUCUCACCAAACUUUUCCGAUCUCACAACUGCUUCGUGCUGGUCGGCGCCGUUCCCUCCAAAGACAACUGGAUCGUGAAAAACAACGUGAACCGUGUCAACAUCCCGGACUACAUUUGGAACGCCUACUGCUGUGUGGACAACAAUGGUCGACCCGUUGAGAGCGGCGCUGGCACCGCGAGGAACACGGAGGACAACCUGGUGGAGAAGCUCUCACUGGAGAAACUGGGAGAAUUCCUCCGUGAGAAAUACAAUAAGGAAGUAGGGGAGCUGUUUGACAACAACUGCAAGGCGAAAGAUAUAGAAAAAAAGGGAUGACAAAAUAAUUUUAAGGGUUGAGUUUCACUCAUUUGUUGACAUGGUGAAAUAAUAUAAAUAAAUGAAAACAAA